GAGGUCUUUUUUAUUAAUUUGUUUUUGUAUUAAAAAAGUUGUAUUAUUUUAAUACAAAAAAAGAUAGAUAUAAAAGAAUAAAAAUGGAUUAUUUAUAAUAUUGUGAUCCGAUAAAUCAUGUGUAGCAUUUUACCUUUAGUAGUUAAACAAAAUUCUUUAAUAUCGUAACCUUAUACAGGAUAAAGUUUUAGCUGAUUUAAAAAAGAUGCAAAAUGUUAUUCUCAAUGAGCUUACAGAAAUAAAAGUUCUUUUAAAAGAAGUUAUAGAAAUUAAGUUUCAGGCUACUUUGGUGAAGUUGCUAGAAUCAGUGGACGAAGUGGUUACACUGACUAAUAAACUAAAAGAUAAAACCGAGUAUACUAAUUUGCUUGAUAGUUUGAAAAAGAUUGGUGGUGGAAAGCCUAGAGAACAUGUUUUUUUGAUCAUGAAAAGAUAUCGGCGACGUGGAAGAAAAUGUUGACGGCAAUGCAGAAAUAUAGUUUCUUAUGUAUAUUUUUGUGAAAUAAAAAUUAAGUAAUGUUAGUUAAAA